UUCUAUAUCAUCUAUGGCGGGGUGUUACUGCUGAUGAUGACCAUAUACAUCGUAGUUAACCAGUACUUCGGACAGCUUCUCUGGAUAGUAUACCGAGAUGUUCCUGGCGGACCACCCACUUGGUUUUCGGACAACAUCAACUCUUGGUUGUAUGUCCUCGGUAGCGCGGUAGCUGCUGUUGCGAACGCAAUGGGAGAUGGUCUUAUGCUUCACCGUUGCUACAUUAUCUGGGAUACAGAUAUCCGAUCCACAAUUGUUCCUUUCAUGAUAUACGUCUGCACUAUUACAUCCUCCGCAGUCACAGUUGUGUACAGCGCAUUGCCAAAUGGUAACAUCUGGAAGGGAGUGGCUGUCGACCUUGAUAUUCUUUGGGUGGCAUCAACAGCCUCAUUCAAUUUGGUCGUCACUGGAAUGAUCUGCUAUCGCAUUGUUACAUUCUCGCGGAUGCACAAACACACCAUGUCCCACGAAGCUCUCAAGACCUAUACUGGUGUAGUGUCCAUAAUUGUUGAAGCCACCAUUCCGUUUACCGUUCUUGGAGUGGCAUACCUGGUAGUCCAAGUUUAUAAUAGCGGGUCGGAGGCUGCGCUCGCGGACGUGUGGUGCUGUUUUUGUGCUCUGUCGCCACAACUAAUCAUACUUCGAAUUGCCAUGGGCUUGGCGUGGUCCAAAAACACAGUGGACGAA